GAAGGGGAGGGUUCUUAACCUGGGUCGCUGCAAGUUGGCCCAGAGCGGACAGAACUAGGCCCGUGACUCCCAGCCCUGACUCCUUCCAUCACGUAGCUUGAAGGGGCUUAUGCAGCACAGGGCUGUCCACAGCGAUUUGCAGAUACCAGCUCAUUUGAAGUUCUAACGUCCUGGACGUGCUUUGUGAUCAUCCCAAUUUUAUGUAGGAGGCAACUGGGGCACAUUAUAGUUACCCAGGGCCUCAUUUCUCUAGCUCCAGUCACUCAAGUUUACGUUAGGACUCGCACGUGCUGUUAGUCGCAGCCCUGAAAUUGGCUUUCGAAGAUGUGGCUUUGAAUAUCACUUCUGUCCCUACAAGUCUGCAGUCAGACGCAAGAGGUUGGGAACCUGGCCGAAGUCCUUGACUACCUUUAUGCCUCCGUCUCCUUAGCUGUUAUAGGAACAUAAUUGCACAAAGCUGCUGUGAGAGUUAAUGAGCUAGCACCAGAUUAAGAAAAUUCAGAACUGCAGCCCAAGGAAGCAAAACAACAACAGUGCAGAGGAAGACAGGAGACUUCGUUUAGCUCUUCACCAUGAAGUUAGGAAAAUCUAAAGGGGCUAUUUCUCGGAGCUCAAGCCAAGGAAAAGCCUAUGAGAACCAGCGCAAAACAGCACGGCCGCGGCAGAAGUGGGGAGUGGCUGCUCGAUUUGACUCAAGCUUGAGUAGGCUGAGAAGAAGCUUGGAUGAGAAACCCUAUAAGUGUAUUGAAUGUGAAAAGAGUUUCAGUCAGAGUUCGACUCUUUUUCAACAUCAGAAAAUACACACUGGAAAGAAAUCCCAUAAAUGUGCUGAUUGUGGGAAAAGUUUUUUUCAGAGUUCUAAUCUCAUUCAGCAUCGGCGUAUCCAUACGGGGGAAAAGCCCUAUAAAUGUGAUGAGUGCGGAGAAAGGUUUAAACAGAGCUCAAAUCUCAUUCAGCACCAGAGAAUCCAUACUGGAGAAAAACCCUACCAGUGUGAUGAGUGUGGCCGAUGUUUCAGCCAGAGUUCUCACCUCAUUCAACAUCAGAGAACCCACACAGGAGAGAAACCCUACCAGUGCAGUGAAUGUGGCAAAUGCUUCAGCCAGAGCUCUCAUCUCAGGCAGCACAUGAAGGUGCACAAAGAGGAGAAACCUCGUAAAACCCGGAGCAAAAACAUCAGGGCAAAAACUCACUUAGUAUCAUCUUGGAAAGCUGGCACUGGAAGGAAGUCAGUGGCUCGUCUCCGCUAGAUGAAGGGCACUGUUCAGCCCUGUUAGAAAAGGCUAUUGCUUUUAGAACCGGAGAUGCUUUGUAGUAGAGCACUUAAAUACUGGAUCCUUUGCUAGCAUUGAGACAUUGGGGCUUUAAUAACAUUAUUGGGCUGAAAGAAACUACACGAGUCCAGCUGUUCUCAUUCCUUUUUUUAAUGCGACUUCGAGCACAGAGAGCUGAAAACAUUUUGAGAGAAUACAAGAUCCUUUCACCUCGUUUGAAAUUGCUUCUCAUCAUCAUUUUGAUAAAAACCAUCACGUUUUGAUGACACGUGAAAGUGCAGGAAUGUGAUUACUCAGUUUUAGGACUUAUGUGGGAAGGAGUAAUUGAAUAAAAGGAAGCGAGAUUUCCAUUAGUUUUGGAGUUCAUAUGAGGAGUUUUUAUGUUUAUAAAGUUUUGUAGUGUAAUAAAUGGUUUAUAAUAUGAAUUGGAGAUUCAACGUAUAAAAAUGUGUUCUCCUUCACAGAUUUUUAAUCAGCAAGGCCCCUCACUGUAUGUUAGGUUUCUUUUAUUUCUUCCCUUCUGCUUAUGGACAAUUAUUAAAGGAGUAGAAUUUCCCUGUUUAUGGACAAUUAUUAAAGGAGUAGAAUUUGCCUGUUUCUCACCAGAUUCUUAGUAAACGAUCUAUAGAAGCCAAAACAAGAACUGAAUUAGACCACACAUCUUCUAUUCCUACUAAUACUGUUCCUUGUGGCAUUACUGCUCUGUUCUUGUUUUCCACAGUGGUGAUGGAUUGACAUUGAUCCAUCCCUGUGCCCUUGAACUUUUGGCAUUAUCUUGUGCUCUGACAAACUGAGCCAACCUUUUAGAUUUACACAGAUAAAUAUUUACUGUAUUUUACCAAUACAAUCUCAGCUUGCUUCUUACUAAUUAAAAUCUACAAUUUACAUGUCUCCCUGCCUUCCCCUAUGAGACCUUUAGGUAACUGGUUAUCUUAAGCAAAUGUCAACAGCAAAAAUCAUUUAAUUCAAGUGCCAGUGCAUUGUAGCAGUUUUGAAAUCUAAGUUCACUUUUUCUGCAUUACAUGAAUUGUUUAAGAAGUCUAAUAAACCUGUUAACUUCCGUCAGAACAGGGCAGGUGUCAGACAUUCUGGUCAACAUUCAGCUCAGGUUAUAAUUUCUAUUGAAUGCUAAAAUUCUCAUUUUUUCUAUCUUUCAUAAUCAUGAGUUCUUGCUGUAUUAAUAACAAUUAUUCAUAAAAAUAAAAAAUUGAAUAUUUUGCAUA